AUGUGGAUGGUGGGCGUGGCCCUUGCGCUGGACAUGUGGCUGGAAACCAGUUUUGUGAUCCGAGCUGUAGUCGACGAUGCGGUGGGUUCCGUCGGCUUCAUCCAGAGUGUACUGUCCCUUCACGUGGUCUCCGUCGCGAUGUUCCCAGGCGCUCUUGUGGUCAUCAUCGCUUUGAUUGCCUGCCUCGCCGUCGUUGCGUCGGCUAAUGAAGACUAUCACACCCACCCCAAGUACAAGUUCGAGUAUGGAGUUAAGGAUGGACACACCCACGACCACAAGAGCGCCUGGGAACACCGCGAUGGAGACCACGUUAAGGGACAGUACACUCUGGAUGAGGCCGAUGGUACCCACCGUAUUGUUGACUACAGCUCGGACCACAAGACUGGAUUCCAGCCACAUGUUCAGCGCGUUGGACAUGGCCAUCACCCACACGGUGAGAGCUACGCCAACAUCGAUCAGCACUACUAG